CCUGCACAGGGCUAGGCCUAGGUUACUUUGUCACGUACGUCUACAUGGCAUGUUUGUUGAUACGUUUGUUUCACUCUCAGCCACUAGUUGUAACCAACAUUUGUAAAGUUUGUCCUAGGGAAGAUGGGACCCGUUAGCGGACCAACGGGCAUUUGUAUUCAGUGUGGAGUUGUUCACCCUCUCGAUGCACCGCACACGUAUCGUUAUGUUGGCGAAGUCGACAGCGAGCUGCUUUGCCAGAUUUGCCUUGUUGGCCUGUUAGAACCCGUGGAUACGCCUUGUGGGCAUACAUUCUGCUUCUCAUGCAUCCGUCCCUACCAGAGAUUGAGAAAAUCAUGCCCAGUCGACAGGAAACCUUUGUCCAGGUCUGAACUGCGCCCGUCAGCAAUGCUGGUCAGGAGACUGCUGGACAAAUUGCCUGUGCAUUGUCCAAUGCGUGAGAACUGUCAGGAAGAAGUGAAGCGUGCUGAACUGGAGGAGCACUUGCGAUCUAGAUGCCCAGGCAUGCUGGUUCCGUGUCCACGGGCGGAGAUCUGCGGAUGCGAGUUUGUGGGGCCGCGGUGUAUGUUGGAAAGACACCUGUGGCCGUGCUUGGCAGCUACAGAGACCAAGAAGGCUAUCGUGUCUGGAGAAGCAGUUACAAUCGAAGUACCAAAAGGAAGUGCCGAGCUUGGCAUGAGUAUUGUCGGUGGUGCUGACACAAGACUGGAAGGAAUAUUUAUCAAUGGAAUCACUCGCACAGGUGUGAUAGCACGUGAUGGGCGUCUUGCAGUCGGUGAUCAAAUCUUACAGGCAAAUGGACACUCAUUGCGCAAUGCCACAUUCCAGCAGGCUAGAGCUGUUCUGGUAACUCAGACGCCAACCGUGACAUUAUGUAUCCUGCGUGGUAAACUAUCGCCAAGCCUGUUUCAAGCAGAGCAAGUGGAGCACCAUCGCAUACCCUUGUGUAGAUCAGUAGCUGACGACCAUGGCCUGGGCUGGGGUGUUCGCUUUGACUACAAACAUACAAGUGGGAUUGUCGUUCAACAAAUCCUGCCAGGCUGCAGUGUGGAACAUCUGAAUGUCGGCGAUCGGCUCGUCGAAAUCAACCGCCAGGAUGUGCAGAAUUGGUCACAGGAAGAAGUUGACCAUCUUAUGCAGGUGUCUGGGAUCAAUGUGGAGUUGUUAGUAUCGAGGCAAGUCAAGAGUGUCUCUCAGCCACACAGUCUACAAGGAGAUGAUGAAGUGGAUGGUACUCAUGUCAAUAGCAUCCAGUCCCCAGGAACAGAGAAGAUAGUUAUUGUCACAAAGGGUGGUACCGAGACCUCACUGGGAAUGACUGUGUCAGGCGGUGUUGGUACGGUACACGGUGACUUCAAGGACUUGCCCGUCUUCGUUACCAAGCUAACCGACGGUGGACCUGCAGCACGCACCGGGCAAAUGCAACGCGGUGACAUUCUGCUGUCCAUCAGAGGAACCAGCCUAGCUGGCCGUAGUCAUCAAGAAGCAGUUGCACUGCUCAAGUCUGCGUCGUUCAGCGACAGUGUGCGCUUUCAUCUGAUCCAGGGCGACCCAAACACUCCCGGCGCUGGACUCUCUUUGCAUUGGCCAUUAUGGGUUACAUCCGUUAGCUACAACCAGGUUCAGAAGCGUGUCACGCUGGCUUUUGAAGAAGGCUCGCCACUCGGCAUGUGCCUAGCUGGUGGCAGUGGCUGUGAUGAAGGUGAUUUGCCCAUAUUCGUCAAGGCAAUCAGUCCAGUCGGAGCUGCCGCCGAUACGGGAAUGUUACACCCCGGAGAUCAGAUACUCGGUAUAAAUGGUCAGCCAUUGGAAACUGCUUGCACUCUUGAUGAGGUUAUCGAACAACUAGCUCAACUGUCUUCUCCUAUUCGUCUUGACAUGGCAUCAGCUCCAGGAACAGAUUUCUAGUGCACGUAGCCGCCUGGGUUACCUCAAUACACAUGGACAGCUGUAGUAUCAAUACACAUGGACAGCUGUAGUAUCUAACGGAUGGUGACUACAAGUAGACACACACACACACACACACACACACACACACACACACACACACACACGAGCACUUUGAACUUACAUAAUCAUAAUGCUGUACUCGCACAAGUAGACACACACGCACACACACACACACACGAGCACAUUGACCUUACAUACCGUAUUUCCUCGAUUAAUAGACCCGGUCUUUUGUUUUUUGAAGAGGGUUGGACCCCCGGUCUCUUAUUUGGGCAUGGUCCAUUAUUCGAGCACGGUCCACUAUAUUUUCAUCGGCACAUCGCUGGAAAUGGUGAAUUUUGUAAUACGUCAUAAUAUAGAAGUUCUAUAUUAUGACGUGUUAAAAAUCCACCAUUUCCAGCGAUGUGCCGAUGAAAAUAUAGUGGCCCGUGCUCAAAUAAUGAAAGAAAGCACUAGCCACUACAAAAAUUGUAGUUGCGCAACCUAAAAUCGCGUCCUUUUUUGAUCCACCACGUGCUUUCUUAGUGCGCAUGCGCAAAGCGAUGAACUCAAAUAAGAGACCGGGUCUCAUAUUCGGGCAUGGUCUACUAUUUUUCCGUGAGGCCUCUAGGAGGGUCUACUAUUUGAGCAUGGUCUAUUAUUCGAGCAUGGUCCAUUAAUCGAGGAAAUACGGUAACCAUAAUGCUGUACUCGCACAAGUAGACACACACGCACACACACGCGAGCACAUUGAACUUACAUAAUCAUACUGCUGUACUCGCGUACUAGUGCACAUGUGGCUGUAUACAUCGCUACAUGUACUUGAAACUCUCAUGCAGGGAAGAUCAACGAAAUCCCUUCUCUGCAAGCAUUUCACAAGCACACACAGUAGCAUCACUGCAGCUCAGAACACGCUGUCAUAUACCUGUAUGGCUGUAGUUGGAGCUCUGUACUGCUGUGAAUUGAGCACUUUUCCAGCGGUUUGCCAACCGUUUCUCUGUAGCUUAUAACCACAUGUGUAGAUCAUUGCUUCUCUUGAGGAAGUAUUGAGAUGCUCUAACCGGAAUCUGCAACACUUGAACAAUGAAUGGCUGCAGAUUAUCUUGCCAUGACAUUUACUCUUGCUAAUGA